AUGGCGGAGAAGACGGUGGUCCUCUACCCCUCACUAGGCGUCGGCCAUUUGAACCCCAUGGUGCAGGUGGCCAAGGCCUUCCUCCGCCGCGGCGUGGCCGUCACCAUCGCCGUCGUCGACCCGCCGGGGAAGGACCCCGUGCUGGAAGCCGCGGCCACCCGCCUCGCCAGCGCUUCCCCCUCCAUAGCAGUCCACCUCCUGCCCAUCCAGCCUGCGAGCACCAAUGAGCAGUACUCCAACACAGCUUUGCGCAUGCUCGACGAGCUCCGCCUCGCAAGCCCUGUGCUCCGGGAGUUCCUCACCUCACUCCCUGCCGUCGACGCCAUCGUGCUCGACAUGUUCUGCAUCGACGUGCUCGACGUCGCCGCGGAGCUCGCCGUCCCCGCGUACAUGUUCUACGCGUCCGCCGCAGCCGACCUCGCGAUCUACCUCCAGGUUCCUGAUGUCUGCCGCGCGGCGCCUUUCUCGUUCAAGGAUAUGGGAGACACGACGCUGCCCUUCUCCGGCGUGCCGCCGGUUCGCGCUCUGGACAUGCCGGACACCAUGGCAGACCGGGAGAGCGACCUGUGCAAGAGACGAGUGCAUCAGCUCGCGCGGAUGCCGGAAGCGAGAGGCAUUCUGGUGAACAGCUUCGAGUGGCUGGAGUCCAGGGCCGUCAAAGCGCUCCGGGAUGGCCUCUGCGUGUCCGGCGGCCGCUCCACGCCGCAUAUAUACUGCAUCGGGCCACUGGUCGACGGCGGCGUGAGCGGUGAAAGCGGCGAGAGGCACGAUUGCCUCGAGUGGCUGGACAGGCAGCCAAAGCAGAGCGUGGUGUUCCUCUGCUUCGGCAGCGGGGGUGUUUUCUCGGCGGCUCAGCUGAAAGAGAUGGCCGGCGGGCUAGAGAACUCCGGGCACAGGUUCCUGUGGGCCGUGCGUAGCCCACGCGAGGAGCAGAGCAAGUCCGGCGAGCCGGAGUUGGAGGCGUUGCUUCCUGAUGGUUUCUUGCAGAGAACCGGAGACAGGGGCUUGGUUCUGAAGAACUGGGCGCCACAGGCGGAGGUGCUGCGGCACGAGGCAGUGGGAGCGUUCGUGACGCACUGCGGGUGGAACUCGGCGCUGGAGGCGGUCAUGUCCGGCGUGCCGAUGAUCUGCUGGCCGCUGUACGCGGAGCAGAGGCUGAAUAAGAUACACCUGGUGGAGGAGAUGAAGAUUGGGGUGGCGAUGGAGGGCUACGAGGAGUCGUCCCUGAAGGCCGAGGAGGUGCAAGCCAAGGUGAGGCUGGUAAUGGAGUCCGAGGAAGGGCAAAAGCUUCGAGAGAGGGCGGCCAUGGCGAAAGAGAUGGCUGCAGACGCCGUCAAGGAAGGUGGGUCUUCCGACGUGGCAUUUUACGCCUUCUUGAAGCAUGUGGAAGAUGAACAAUCUCGAGGAGCGCCAAAUCCGGCCAUUAAGUGA